AUGGGAAAUUCAAGUACCAAGGAGUCUCGUGCGUCCGAUCCGGCGACCGACUACCGUCAAACCCAGGCCGCCUACCUCAACCCUUCCUCCUCUCGCGAUGCACACACCGACCGCCCUAGUUCGCGGAGACAAAGCCGCUUCAGCCGCGCUGACCUCAACUUAUUGGGUCUCGGAGCUGCCGGAUCUUCAAAUGCGGGAGGCAGAGAAGAUGCCCCGUAUGAGCGCAGGGAGACCAGGCAAGAGCGAGAGGCUCGUCGCUUGGAGAGGGAGCGCGUUGCCAGAGAAAAGGAAAGAGAACGCAGCAUGAGGGAGGAACAUGUCGACGGCGGCUACCUCGUCACUCUCGGUACCUACACUGGCCCCGAGGACUUCAGCAAGCCCAUUGUCCGCCAGCUGCAGCUUGAGAGACGCCUCGCCCCAUUCUGGAGAGGCCUCAACGACUAUUCAGACAACUGGACCGAAUACCAGCUCAUCUGUGCUGGACGUGGCCUAGACAUUCCUGCCGCAGAUGAGCAGCCUCCUCCCGAGUUCAUCCCCAAGGCGAACACCCCCGCUUCACCAACCGACUCCUCCCAGAACCUUGCGAACCUGACCGUCCCCAUGGGCCCCCGCUCAUUAUCCGUCGGCUCAGAUCGCAGCGGUUCCGGCCCGGCCUCUGGAGUAACCUCGCCCAACGCGGCUCAGCAGCAGUCGCGCAGCAUCAAGCCGCGGGCAAAGGCCAUUGCCGCAGCUCUCAGUGGAGGUUCCCGCAACAGCUCCGCCACCGAAGUCGCACCUCGCGAGAUACAACUGCCCAACGACCCUUUCGUCAACGGCCAACCUCUCGAGGUCUUCCUCUACAAGGACGCUACCGAAUGCCCCAUUUGCUUCCUCACAUAUCCCCCGUAUCUGAACCGCACACGCUGUUGUGACCAACCGAUCUGCAGCGAGUGUUUCGUGCAGAUCAAGCGCGCGGACCCCCACUAUCCCGAGCACCACGGAGAGCCCAACGAGCAGCCGCCGACGAACCCCGAAGAGUCCCCCGAAAUGCUCAUCUCCGAGCCCGCGCAGUGCCCCUACUGCCAGCAGACGGAGUUUGGCGUCACCUACGAUGCCCCUCCAUUCCGCCGCGGUCUUUCAUAUGCCAUCUCGGGAUACCCAUCGCAGGGCACAGCCAUGUCGUCUCAAAGCUCUCUGAACUCUACGCUCUCGCCCACCUCGCCGACUACAGCUAGCAGGCGCAGAGCACAGAGUUUGUCCGCCAACGCACCGAACGUCAUCACCACCGAUCGCGUUCGUCCAGAUUGGUCUACAAAGCUGGCUGCGCAACGAGCGCACCAAGCUCGCAGGGCGGCUGCGGCGACUGCCCUGCAUACCGCUGCCUUUCUCAUGGGUAACAACGAACAGCAGCGCGGCUUUGCCUUCACCAGGCCAGGCAGAUUCAGCCGACGCAACACGGGUAACCACACCCCCUCUGGGCCUUCUAACGCUCAGGCCGAAGGAAGCCCGAAUCGCAAUGUCGAAAAUGAACCCGCUCAAACGGGACCUGAGCCAGGACCGCGGGGUUCUUCGGGGCGGGGACCACUUAAUAACAGGCGCAGCAGAAUGGAAGAAUUGGAGGAUAUGAUGUUCAUGGAGGCUGUGCGCUUAAGUUUGGCAGCGGAGGAGGAGAGAAAACGAAAGCAAGAGAAGGCGGACCGCAAGGAAGCCAAGAAGAAGGAGAAGGAGGAGCGCAAGGCUCUCAAGAAGCAGGACCGCCAAAGCGUGUACGGCCCUGGACAGAGCUCUGCUAGUGGUAGUAGCUUGUCCCUUGGUCUCGGGCGACGACGCGGAAACAGCACGACCAGCAACCUCCGGGUGGAGGCAACAGUCCAAGGAGCCCAGUCCACUUCCGCGGCCGGAAGCGCCGAGACAUCCCCCGUGGCAGCAUCCACCAGCCCCAGUCCAGGUCCUACCUCGGCCCCCAACACCAAAGGCAAGGCAGUGGAGCGGCCACCCGUCGAGACGCAGUCAUCCGAGAGCAGCUUCCAGAGUACCUCAUCAACGCCCUCGCUCCCAAUUCCCGCACCUAGUCGUGGCCCUUCUCAUCUUAGGCAGAUGAGCAAUGCGUCGUCGAUUUCGUCGUCGCUUGCUGAUAGCCACAACGGGAGCUACACAAACCCGGCAUACCUUGACCCUCGCGCUAGCGAGCUAAGCGUCGGGGACGAAGGUGACCGGGACAACACGGAGCCUCUGUACAACUUCAGGAGCUUGGCAGAGAUGGUCGGAGUUGAUAUCGAGAACGGCGAGGCCAACCAGACGGAGGAGGGAGCUGUCGCCGGCGAGGGACAGAGCGCUGCAUCGAAAAAGAAGAAGGCCGAGGCUGAGGACGAAGCGGAGGCCGAGCAAAUUGAAGAUGCGCACACGGAGCAGCCGGUGCAGACCAACGCUGGCACCCUGAAGCCACCGCCGACGAUUCCCGAGGAGCCCAGAAACUCAAUCAGCGGAGACGAAGUUUCCUCCGGCAAUGAGCCAUCGACUCCCGAGGUGAUGAUCACGCCAGUUACUCCCGCCCCUGCAACAGAAGAAGAUAACGAGACGAAGAGGCUUGGGCAUGAGAACGUGGUGGAACGUUCAUCGGAGAUUACGCAGUGA